AACAAAUUACUACCUCCGUCUCACUCUCUUUGUUCACUUUUGACUUUUGGAACUGUUCAUCUAAGCACUUUGACUCAUCAAAUUCUCUCAAUGUGUAAGCCUAAAUAUAGUAAUGUGUGAUCUUGUUUGAUUUGUCUUAACAUAUAGAUUAUUAAUAUAUAAUUUCUAUAAUUUUUUAAUAUACAAAUUACAAGAUAAAAUAGAUUAAAGAAGUGUAUUGGAUGGUGUGCCAAAAGUAGUCCUCCCCAACCCUACCCGACCCAUCGUCUACGAACGACUCCUGCGUGUCGCCUUUCUUCAUCAUCUUCUCUGCGCUCCGUUGGAAUCUCAGUUCAUCCCCUCCGUUGACCGUUGGUAAGAUCUGUUCUUGUUCAACUUUAAUUCCUUAAUACUAGUACAUAUAUGUGCUUUAAUUGUUUUAAUAGCGUCUAUUUAACUAAUCGUUUUCUAAUAAUAUCAUUCAAAUUGCAAUGUUGUUUUAAAUAGCAUUUGACCAUCGAUUAUGCAAUAUGAAAUUGUUAUUUGACUUGUUUCUGCAGAUUUCAGUUUAUCUCUAGUGAUUUAUUUGAUUUUAAAAAUUCCACCAUUUUUUUUAAUGAUUUGUCCAUUGUUCAUUCAAUGUUUGAAGAACUGCACCUUCUAAGUUCGUUUGUAUCAUGAAAUUUGCCCUUUUGUGAUGGAUUGAGAUCGUUUUAAGCACACAAUGCGCGGGGACAAGAGGGUGGUUUUGCCUAGCCAUUCUCGAGUCUUCCUGGUGGUUGGUUAUGAGUUUUUCAAAGGCUUUCCGUAGUAUUAACCUUUUCAUUUACGAGGAGAAACAUGAGUCAGUGCUCUUCAAUAAAUUAAUGGUUUUCUGGGAUGUAAGUUCUAUUUGAACAACAGCUCUCACACACGCUUGUUUGAUUAUCAGGGAUAAGAAGAUAUGGUUGUGGUUCCCCCAAUCAUAAUGUUAUAAUUCACUUUAUUUAAUUUGUUUUCAUUCUGAUAUGCUCCCUUGGUCCCAAAUUUUAAAAGGUCACUCUCAUAGGACAUUUUAAAAAUGUGUUGAAAGAUCAAAGGUGUGGUUGAAAUUGAUAUGGAAGAGAGAAGUCACGAUGGCCAUGCAUUCCCUAGCUAAAAAAGAAAGAAGACUUGUAUUUUGGGAUGGACCAAAUUGGAAAGUGUGAUGUUUAUUUUGGGACUGAGGGAGCAACUGUUUUUAGUUUACCUUAUACUCUAUAUACAAAAAGAAAAUUUCCACUCAUACAUUAAAAUUUUACUUCAAAUCCUGAUGCAUGCUUUAUAUAUGAUAUAUUUUCAAGGGCUUGGAUACAACUGAGUGUUAUGUAGUGAUAUGUAUGCGGGGAGUGGAAGAUUUCAGGGUGGAUAUUUGGGGUAUUUGUGAAUAUUGGGAGGUUAUAACACGUUGGAAAGAUCUUUCAUCUGCAAAAAAUUUAGGCAUUUUUAAGAAAUUAUAUUUUAAUACAAUUUUAUUUUCCCUAUGGAGCUCAUGAGCAUGGAGCUUGUGGAGUGCUGCUUAACUCAAGGAUUGCUCUUUCCUUUGCUACUGGGAUAUGUUUUUGAGAGGGGGAAUUCAGGGUGGCAUUUUGGGUGUUUAUAUGUACUGGCAUGUUUACACACUCGGAAGAGCCUUUCAUCUGUAAAAUAUUAGGCAGGAUGAGGAAAUCUACUUUUAAAUCAAAAAUUUAUAGCUUUGGAGCAUAUGAGCAUGGAGCUUGUGGAGCGCUGCUCAAUUGGAGGGGUUGCUCGUUCGGUUUGCUCUAGAGUUUUUUGAUUUUGUGUAUAACUCUGCCAGUCAAAUACAAACUGAUAAGAAUUUAUAUACCAAUUUAUUACUCUGCAGGCUUUCAUGGUUAUGGGUUUUCACUUUAUUACUGUAUUUGUUUAGUCUUGCAGUGACCCCCCACAGUUGACGAUGAGUAGUCGUAUUUCUCGUUCAAUCUAUGUGGGAAACCUUCCUGCUGACAUCAAAGAAUAUGAAAUUGAAGAUUUGUUCCAUAAGUAUGGGCGUAUUUUGGACAUCGAACUGAAAAUUCCCCCUCGCCCUCCAUGCUAUUGUUUUGUAGAGUUUGAUCACCCCAAAGUUGCAGAGUCUGCUAUCAGGGGUCGAGAUGGCUACAACUUUGAUGGCUGUCGAUUGAGGGUUGAGCUUGCUCAUGGUGGUAGAGGCCCCUCAUCUUCAAGUGACCGUCGUGGUGGCUAUAGUGACCGGGGAAGUGGUGGUGGUGGUGGAGGUGGUGGAGGGCGCCAUGGCACUUCUCGCCAUUCUGAGUUUCGGGUUAUUGUGCGAAGUCUUCCAGAUUCAGCUUCCUGGCAGGAUUUGAAAGACCAUAUGCGAAAAGCGGGUGAUGUGUGCUUUGCUGAGGUUUACAAUGAGCGUGAAGGAACCUAUGGUCUGGUUGAUUAUACAAACUAUGAGGAUAUGAAAUAUGCUAUUCGGAAACUUGAUGAUACAGAAUUCAAGAACCCAUGGGCUAGGACAUACAUUCGGGUGAGAGAAUUCAAGCGCAAUUCAUCAAGGAGCAGGAGCCGCAGUAGGAGCCGCAGCAGGAGCAGAAGCAGGAGCAGGAGCCGCAGCAGGAGUAGAAGCAGGAGCAGGAGCCCAAGGAGGAGGAGGAGCAGGUCAGCCGACAAAUCUGAUUCAAGGUCGCCACGCUCACACUCUAAGUCUCCUUCACCCAUCAAGCCAUCACGACCUAUAUCCAGGUCAAGGUCAAGGUCUAGGUCAGGUUCUAAACCAAGAUCAGUUUCGGCUUCUCCUCGUCAGGGACAAGGAAACAGUGGCUGAUUGUCUGAGGAACAAGACUUUGUGUCUGGUUGAAUGCAGUAGGUUUUUUUUGCCUAAUCGUUGUGUGUUUGUUUAAGGCUGUCUUAACUUUAUCAAAUGGACCAUUGUUAGAAUUGUGACUCUACUGAGAUUGAGGUCUUUUCUGCUGGUCAACAUUUACUUUGUGUCAUCCUUUGGUGUCUGGUUGUUUAAGACUGGAGCUUUCUUGUCAUAAUUGGUGUUUUGGAUCUAUUUUCAUUGUAUGCCAUACAAUCUUUGGUUUUUCCUAUAUAAAAUUAGUCUCUUAUC